UUCUUAGGCAUUAACAUCGUCUAAGUAACGAUAACGAAACCUUGCAUCUUUCGUUUUAUUCAUUUAAUCAUUUUGUAUAUUGAAUGACAAAAACGAAAGACAAAAGCAACAAGACAGAACUCUUCUUGUUCAAUCCGCUUUAGAAUUAUUUCAUCAAAAUCCACUUCCAUGUUGUGGCUGCACGUACAUUAUUCCCUUGCAAAGACACAUUCCAAUCCUUGUAAUCUCCGCACUCCUUGAGCACCAUAGAUGGCUUCAAACAGUGGGAAAGAAGAAACCAGUAGAAACCCGGGUAGUGAAUCCUUCGAGAAACUUCCACAGGAAAUUUACUUUGAUAUACUCUCAAGACAACCUAUUGUUUCUCUUCUAGAAUGCAAACCCGUGUCUCGACAUUGGUAUACUUCAGUGAGGAACCCAUUGCUUGCUAAUAUGCAUCUGAACCGCGCAGCUGAGCAGAAUCUAUGUCUCUUAUUCUUCUCCGACUGGCCAAGAAGCAAGCUUGAACUUGUACAAGUGGAGCAUCCAGAGCCAAGAAAAUUAAAAACACUCAAGACCCCAUUUGAGUCCGUCCUAUCCGAGUUUGAAGUUGUGGGGUCUUGUAAUGGAUUAAUAUGUUUAUACGAUUACUUUUCUGAUGAUCCACUUUACAUAUACAAUCCCUUUACUAUUGAAUGUAGGGAGUUACCUAGAGUUGAAGCUUCUCCACAUUCAGUCAUUUGCAGAGUGGUUUUCGGGUUUGGAUUUCAUCCAAAAAUGGAGGAGUACAAGGUGAUAAAAAUAGUUUAUUACAAACAGGGAAACAAUGAUUUUUCUGGUGGAGCACCUGAGGCUUUUGUGCUUACUGCUAACACUCCUACAUGGAGAAACAUUGGUAAAAUAGGUUAUGAUCUUAAUGGUCCAACAUCAGAGGCGUUAGUGAAUGAAAAACUUCAUUGGCUAACAUUUUGCCUUGUGCAUGAAGAGGUGAAAUAUAGAGAGAUUGUUUCAUUUGACCUAGAAACCGAGCAAUUCCAGGACGUUCCACGGCCAGGUUGUGGAGGUCUUGAUCAAAUCAAUUAUCAUCUAGUAACAUUAAGAGGUUGCCUGUCCGCAAUUGUUUCAUGUAAUGAAGGAUCAAAUGAGAUAUGGAUGAUGAAAAUUUAUAAUGUGAAGGCAUCUUGGAGGAAGGAAAUGAUCGUUCGAAAUUAUGUGCCUCAAGGGUUGAGAUUGAACACGGUUCCUCCUGCUAGAAGAAGGAAGAAUGGUUAUCAGGGAAGGCGAUUUCGAGUUUUAUGUGAUUUGAAAAAUGGGGAACUCCUGCUGUUGUAUGGGUGCAGAUGCAUCGUCUCUUACAACCCAGAAACUGGAGAAUUCAAGGAGCUGAACUUCCAGGGACUUCCACUUGAAUUCUUAGCCUUUGUUCAUUCGGGCAGCCUCAUUUCAGUUAAUACAGUUUUUGGCAUGGAAAUGGAAUAGUAAACUUCAAUUUAAUAAGAUGUAUUUCCUCUUCUUCGUUAAUUGAAAACAAGAUGUAUUGGGUGGAAUUGCAAUUCCAUUUUGUUAGUUCAUGUACAUCUAUACCUCUAUCAAUGCAUUUCCUUAAGAUAUUUUAAGAA